GAGCUCCCAGCAUGCCUAGCGAGUUGGCCCCACCCCACAGCAGAGCUCGGAGUCCCCGGCAGGAGCGGGUCGGUAGCGGGUCGGUAGCGGGUCGGUAGCGGGUCGGAUAAUGCGAGUGGCUCCUCCAUCCUCCCAAUAACCCCCUCCCCCCGCGGGGGGACCCCCACACUCACCGCCCCCGGAUCUCUUCUUCUGCCCCCACCCCCCGGGGAAUGCCCCCUCCCUGAUCCCCUCACUCCCGGGGGGCCCCAUGCUGCUUUGGGGGUGACGCAUCGGAUCCAGUCGAGCCCCUGCGUGAGGAUUGGGGGGCCCCGGAGUUGCCCCGGCCCCCUCCCCGCCGCCUGCUAGCUUCGGAUCGGAGGGAGGGGAGGGCCGCGGCCUACUUGUUUGUUCGGCCUCCGCCUCCCGCGCUCUUUCCUGAGCGGCCCGCCCGCCCGGACCAUGGGGUGUCUGGGCAACAGCAAAACCGAGGAUCAGCGCAACGAGGAGAAGGCGCAGCGGGAGGCCAACAAGAAGAUCGAGAAGCAACUGCAGAAGGACAAGCAGGUGUAUCGGGCCACUCACCGGCUGCUGCUCCUCGGUGCUGGAGAGUCUGGUAAAAGCACAAUUGUGAAGCAGAUGCGGAUCCUGCAUGUGAAUGGAUUCAAUGCAGAGGAGAAGAAAAUCAAAGUUCAAGAUAUAAAGAAUAAUAUUAAGGAAGCUAUAGAGACAAUAGUUACGGCGAUGUGUAACCUGUCCCCCCCGGUGGAGCUAGCGAAUCCAGAAAACCAGUUCCGAAUUGACUACAUCCUGAACCUGCCCAGUCAUAAAGACUUCGACUUCUCACCAGAAUUCUACGAACACACGAAAACGCUCUGGCAGGAUGAGGGGGUGAGAUUGUGCUACGAGCGCUCCAAUGAGUACCAGCUGAUCGACUGCGCACAGUAUUUUCUAGACAAAAUUGACAUUGUGAAGCAGAACGACUACACACCUACUGAUCAGGACUUGCUGCGAUGCCGAGUUCUCACGUCAGGAAUAUUUGAAACCAAGUUUCAGGUGGACAAAGUAAAUUUCCACAUGUUCGAUGUCGGAGGCCAGCGAGACGAGCGCAGGAAGUGGAUCCAGUGCUUUAAUGAUGUCACAGCUAUAAUCUUCGUUGUAGCCAGCAGCAGCUACAACAUGGUGAUCCGGGAGGACAAUCACACCAACAGACUCCAGGAAGCAUUAAACCUCUUCAAGAGUAUCUGGAACAAUAGGUGGCUACGGACCAUUUCAGUCAUUCUCUUCCUCAAUAAACAAGAUCUGCUCGCUGAGAAGGUUAAAGUUGGGAAAUCUAAAAUAGAGGACUACUUCCCCGAGUUUGCCCGCUACACUACCCCGGAUGAUGCAACUCCAGAACCCGGCGAGGAACCUCAAGUCACAAGGGCCAAGUAUUUUAUUAGAGAUGAGUUUCUUAGAAUCAGCACAGCGAGUGGGGACGGCCGCCAUUACUGCUACCCCCAUUUCACAUGCGCGGUGGACACAGAGAACAUCCGGAGGGUUUUUAAUGAUUGUCGGGACAUUAUCCAGAGGAUGCACCUGCGCCAGUACGAGCUGUUGUGAUGGAGGAGAGCACUUUUUUGGUUCCCCCCCCCCACCCUCCUUGUGUUCCGGACUACAAAUUCCCCAUUUAAUGAAAAAAAAAAAAACAUAAAGAAAAAAGAAAAAAAAAAUUAACAAAACAAGAAAAAAAAUCCAACAAAAAAAAGUAUCUAAAAACAAAAAGGAAAAUAUAUAUUAUAUAUAUUCGGGAGAAACUGUCCCCCAAGUUUGGGGUUUGGGGGGGUCCCGGGUGCAGCCUCAUACGCUCUCUCGCUCUGGGGAGCGGCCCUCGCGCUUCUCCCCUCGCUGCCGGACGAUUGCCCAACUGUCAGCUUUGCUUCCCCUCACCAAAUCCAGCCAUCAAGUUCCCCUUUAAAAACGCCGGCCGCAAUGACAGAAGCGACGUGGAAGGGUUUGCCCGUAGGCGCCCUGCUGUUCCAGGAAGUGGGCGUUGGCCACGGUGGCGGAGGGGGGAGGCGGCCUCUGGUUCCUUUUCAUUUCUUUACCCCGCCCCCCCCCCCAGGCCUUGGGCAGAAUUUAAAUCCCCCCUCCCAUUUUAUCCAUUUUAUAACCUGAAGGUAACGGAACCAUCGGCUCAGGAGCUUUCGCCCCUCAACUCUCUGACUGUAGGGCGUGGCUUAUACGGAAGGAUGGGAGGAGCUUACGGCAGUAUGGAGGCUGCCCGUCACAAGGGUGCCAUUUUGUUUUUUCCUUUUUUUUUUAUUUUUAACAAUAAAUACUUGGAUAUGAAUUCCAGCAUAUCAACGUAUUUAUUUCUCUAGGUCUCGGACGUUUAAUCGCUGUGUUCUCCACAAUCUGUUUUUUUUUUUUUAACCCUUCUUGGUCCGUAGACGCCGACCUCGUGUGAUUUAUCCCCCCCCCCCCCCCCGUGCGUAAUAACGUUAUUAUUAUUAUACCUCUCGCCUCACAGAUCUGAUCACUCCUCUUUCUUACAACCACCUUCACUUUUUGGGUUCCUUUUUGUUUAUUUUAUUUUUUUCUUUUUGCCCCCCCCUGCCCCGCCCCCAUUUUGUUUUUACUUUACUGCUGGGUUAUUAUUCUUGUACAGACUGUAAAAUGUAUUAUUUUGUACAACUUUAUUGAAAAAAAAACAAAAAAAACUUGUAGAAGAUCUUUGUGCCUUGAUUUCGGCUUUGCCCUGUACAAUGAGCUAAGAUGUAAGUAUGUCUCAUUUCUCUGUACAGCAUUGUCAUUCUGCCCCCGACCUGCGCCCCCCGCGGGGCAAAUUUAUCUGUAGUUAAUAGGGGUUAUUAUUAUUAUUUUUGUUUUUUUCCUUUGAUUUUUUUUUUUUUUUUUUUUCUGGUUUACAAAAGGAAAAAAAAAAAAAAAAAGAGCUGUUUAGUAAAAAAGAAAACUUCAAAAAUGUACAAAUGUCGCAACCUUUAACCACUUCUAAAGUGAGUAAUUCAUGAAGUGACCCGCCGUGGCUUCAUUGUGCUUUUUAAUUUUUAGCUUUAACUCAUUUAAAUAUCUAUCCAAAUGCAAAAACAUGGCUUGUUUCUACAUAAACCAAAUUUUGCUACAAA